AUGGUUGACGAAGAGCCUUCUACCAAGGCCAGCGGGACGGCGGAGCAGAAACUCUAUGUACUAAAUGCACUCCAAGUUGUGGAUGAAUGGUCUGUGCACGACGACGGCGACGGGCGACUAUUCUACUACGAUCAUAAGACGGACUCGUCCCAAUGGGAGGUCCCCGACGACCUCGCGUCGCUUGAGACGGAGUUUAUGAUGAAGCUCAUGCUGGAGAAUAACGUGGCGCGCUCGGGUGUGUGGACAGCACAUAAUGCGGGUAAUGGCACGCUGUAUUACUUCAACUCGAAGACGCGCGAGUCAGUUUGGGAGCAGCAAGUUGAGGAGGAAACGCCGUUAACAGCAGAGGAGCUGAAGGCAGAAGAAGAGCGCAAAGCUCGUGAACAAAAACGCAUCGAGCAGUUCCGAGCCAUGCUGCGUGACAAGAACAUAAUGCCUUUGACCAAGUGGUCGGUAGCGCUGCCACAGAUUGCAGGAGAUCCACGGUUCAUGGGCGUGCCAACUAUGGAUGAGCGUCGUGCCAUUUAUGAGCAUUUUGUUGCGCAUCGUCGAGAAGAUCUGAAGGCUGAGAAGAAGAGCAAACUGAAGCUCGCUAAGAAACAGUUUACUGAGCUCCUACAUGAACAAUUUCAGCUCGAUUCAUGGGAACCAAGCACCACACUGAGCGUUUUCCUCUCGACGCUGGAGCGUCUUCUUGAUGCUGAGCGGUACAAUCAGAUUCAGGAAAAUGUUCUAGCGCUAUUGACAUUAUCAGCGCAAGAGAAGAUUUAUGGUAAAGCAGUAGCAGAUUAUAAGUCUGAAGCGCUUAAACGCGAUGGAGAGCAGCUACGUCUUACCAAGUUCCUGGAGGAAAAGAUUUCUGCUCUUGACAAGUCGACGAUGAAAUGGGAGAGUGAGGAAGUCCAAAGGCUUCUCCGUGAUUUCUACAGUUCAGCAGCUUCGAGUGAAUCAGCUGCGUUGCUCUCGAAGCAACAGCAAAAGCAGGUAUUUGAAGAGUUAGUAGCGCGACUUACUCGCACCCAAGACGCAACACCGGAUAAAGGGGAUCUAAAGGAACCUCAGCGUCCAGAUCCGCGACGUCGAUCUCAGUCGAGUGAGCAUCGCGGGUCGAGUCCACGAGAGUCACGUCAUUCGCGUCAUGAUGAUCGCCGUCGGUCUCGUCGACGUAGGCGCAGCGACAGUCGAUCACACUCUCGUGGACGUGAAAGGAUCCACCGCAGUCGACGACGCUCUGUAUCUUCGUCCCGAUCUCGCUCUCGCUCCAGGAGAUCUUCCCGACACCGGCGUCACCACUCGUCCUCAUCAUCGAGAUCUCGCUCGCGAAGUCGCAGAUAG